GUUGGUCAUUUAAAGAUGGCGGAGUGCUUAGAAGCACGUUUGGCCACCCAAGAGGAGCAAAUACGGUUCCUCACUAAAGAAAUAUCCACUCUGCGGGAUGGACUAACUAAUGGCCUUGACACUGCCAGUGUUACGGGACUAAACCCGGAUCUUGAGAGCCUGCGGGCGGAGAAUGAGAAGCUCAGGUACCGGUUGCUGCACCUCCGGCGGGGUCUGCAGGCGGAGCUGGAGCUGGAGGAGGCGCAGGGCAAGAGAAAGCAAGGAGCUAACAGUAACAAAGCCAUGGAGAAAAACACCAACAAGCACCAGCAGAUAAACAAUCGAGCUGAUGAUGGGGUGACAACCUUGGACACAAAGCGAGGUGACAAGAACAAGAAGGAGAAGAAGCAGGAUAAGGGGCAAGUGGAUGGAAGUGUGAAGGAGUUAAAACACUGGCCUGGCUAUAUUGCUGAGCGCCUCAGCCUGUAUGACGAGCUGAAGAGGGAGAGCGAUGCCCUGCUGGCAAAGAAAGCUGCAGACAGCCAGCCCAUUACUGUUGAGCUGACAGAUGGGCGAAAGAUGGCAGGCAAGUCUUGGGUGACCACGCCAUAUCAGCUGGCUAGUGAAAUCAGCCAGGGCCUGGCUGACAAUGCAGUGAUUUCUCGGGUGAAUGGGGAGCUUUGGGAUCUGGACAGACCUCUUGAGAAGGACUGUUCUCUUGAGAUCUUGCGCUUUGACAAUGAAGACGCUCAAGCUGUGUACUGGCACUCCAGCGCUCACAUCCUGGGGGAGGCCAUGGAGCGCUUUUAUGGAGGUUGUUUGUGUUAUGGACCCCCCAUUGAGAAUGGCUUCUACUAUGACAUGUUCCUGGAUGGACAGAAGUCAGUGUCCAGCACUGAGUUUGGGGACCUGGAGACUUUGUGUAAGACGGUGAUGAAGGAAAAACAGCCCUUUGAGAGACUUGAGAUUAGCAAGCAGACACUGCUAAAAAUGUUUAAGUACAACAAAUUCAAGUGUCGCAUUCUGAAUGAGAAGGUCACCACUCCCACUACCACAGUGUACAGAUGUGGGCCCUUGAUUGACUUGUGCAGAGGUCCCCAUGUCAGACAUACUGGUAAAAUCAAGGCCAUGAAGAUUUAUAAGAAUUCUUCUACCUACUGGGAGGGCCGCUCCGACAUGGAGACUCUACAGAGGAUCUAUGGGAUUUCCUUCCCAGACUCAAAGAUGCUGAAGGAGUGGGAACGCUUUCAAGAGGAGGCCAAGAAUAGAGACCAUCGCAAGAUUGGCAAAGAUCAGGAGCUGUUCUUCUUCCAUGAUCUCAGCCCUGGCAGUUGUUUCUUUUUGCCACGUGGAGCCUACAUCUACAACACACUCACAGAGUUCAUCAGGGGCGAGUACUGGAGAAGAGGCUUUCAGGAAGUAGCGUCCCCUAACAUUUAUAACAGCAACCUGUGGGAGACAUCUGGCCACUGGCAACACUACAGCGAAAACAUGUUCUCCUUCCCCGUGGAAGAUGACAUCUUUGCUCUGAAGCCAAUGAACUGUCCCGGUCACUGCCUGAUGUUCAGUCACAGGCCUCGCUCGUGGCGGGAACUUCCUCUGAGGCUGGCAGAUUUUGGAGUCCUCCACAGGAAUGAGCUGUCAGGAACAUUAACUGGACUGACCAGAGUGCGCCGUUUCCAGCAGGAUGACGCCCACAUUUUCUGCACCAUGGACCAGAUCGAGUCAGAGAUGAAGGGCUGUCUGGACUUCCUCCGCUGCGUUUAUGACGUCUUCGGAUUCUCCUUUCAGCUUCACCUUUCAACUCGUCCAGAAAAGUACCUGGGCGACAUAGCAAUGUGGAACCAGGCUGAGAAGCAACUGGAAAACAGUCUGAAUGAGUUCGGGGAGCCAUGGAAACUCAACCCUGGAGACGGUGCGUUUUAUGGACCGAAGAUUGACAUUAAGAUCAAAGACGCUAUUGGACGUUACCACCAGUGUGCAACCAUUCAGCUGGACUUCCAGCUGCCUAUUCGCUUCAAACUGACCUUUGUGGGAAAGGAUGGCGAUGACAAAGCCCGACCCGUCAUCAUCCAUCGAGCCAUCUUGGGCUCAGUGGAAAGGAUGAUUGCUAUUCUCACAGAGAACUAUGCAGGGAAAUGGCCUCUGUGGAUCUCUCCACGUCAGGUGAUGCUGGUGCCGGUCAACCCCUCCUGUGAAGAUUACGCAAAAAAGGUGUGUAAGCAGUUCACAGAAGCUGGUUUCAUGGCAGAUGCUGACUUGGACUCUGGCUGUCUCCUGAAUAAGAAAAUCCGAAAUGCUCAGUUGGCCCAAUAUAACUUCAUUCUGGUUGUCGGGGAGAAGGAGAAGAUGACUAACAGCGUCAAUGUGCGCACAAGAGACAACAAGGUCCACGGAGAGCUGUCGGUGUGUGAGGUGAUGGCUCGCCUGACCCUGCUCAAACAAUCCCGCUGUCGAAAUGCAGAGGAGGAAUUCUGAUAAACACGAAAACAAAGCAAACUGUUUUGUUGGAUACCUCAGUCUCAGCAGUCAGAGCAGCAAAGAAAAUGGGCUGAUGGUAGCGAAAGUUUAAUUUAAAAUAAGAGAAAUGUAUGAAGUGAUGUUUCGUAAUGACUUGUAAUGAAGGGACUGCAAAAAAAAAAAAAAAAAGAUGUAAACAUGGUCACGAGCAAUGUGUAAAAGGGACUUUUUUUGUUUAUAACAAGUAGUCAAAAUCUACAUGAAGGAAAGUUGAUAAGAACAAGUUGUGCUCAAUGACUUGUGAAACUGGCACAGCCUUACUUUCACAAGGAUCUGUCUUCAAUGGAAAACCUAUUAAUAAAAUAAUUCU